UCAUGGAAAGUCAGUUGGCCGUUCAUUUGUGACAUUCUAUAUGAAUUGGAUUACUUGUUCCAUGGCGCUGAGCCGCCUUGUAUAGAGCCUUUUCUUGGUUCCAACCUAAUACAAUGGUUGACUCCCCAUUUUCCUUCCUCCACCAAUGUUUAA